CUCCAACCUCUAUCCCCACGGAGAGGCUAGCUAGCUUUGUCUCUCUAUGGUUCCGCACCAGUAACCUCUGCACUCCGGCUUCCGUCUUUCUCUUUUUCGCCCGCCAUUGUGGUGAUAGGGCUGCAUAGAUUCACCAUGUCAUCCCACAAGACGUUCAAGAUUAAGAAGUUUCUUGCCAAGAAGCAGAAACAGAACCGGCCAAUCCCACAGUGGAUCCGCAUGAAAACCGGCAACAAGAUCAGGUACAACUCCAAGAGGAGACACUGGAGAAGAACCAAGCUCGGCUUGUAAAUGUGGUGUGGAUGGCGGACCAAGCACUUUGUGGCUUCUUCGGAAAAACCUGGUCGUCCUGUUGUACAAUCUUUGUCAUCACUUCAUAACAACAUUUGAUGUUUCCAUUUGGAAAUAAAAUGUAAAAAUCC